CGCAGAGCCCGCGACUGUGACGCCAGCGUGACGCAGGCGUGACGCGAGUGCAGCCGCUCCCGAGGCAUUCGUGUUACUCCGGCCGCGCUCCGAAGCAGUUGGGCCUGUGUUGCUAGGCCGGGGUCGCCCCCAGGCCUUCGCCGCCCGCCAUGGACGACUACGCGGUCCUGUCGGACGCUGAGUUGGCCGCCGUGCUGCGCCAGUACAACAUCCCGCACGGGCCUGUCGUGGGCUCCACUCGCAAGCUCUACGAAAAGAAAAUCUUCGAGUACGAGACCCAGAGGCGGAGGCUCUCGCCCCCGAACUCGUCUUCAUCCUCUUUCUCCUAUCGGUUCUCCGACUCAGAUUCAGCAUCUGUGGACUCCGAUAUGUACGAUCUGCCCAAGAAAGAGGAUGCCUUACUUUACCAGAGCAAGGGCUAUAAUGAUGACUACUAUGAGGAGAGUUACUUGAGCACCAAGACUUACGGGGAGCCUGAGUUUAUGGGCCCAUCCAAGGGUUUCCGCCAGCACUCGGCGUCACUUUCAGAUGCGGACACCUUUCACCACCAGGUGCGUGAUGACAGCCUUUUCUGUUCUGAAGACGAGGGCAAAGACAGGGAACGCCCCAUGUAUGGCCGGGACGGCACCUACCAGAACAUCGCGCACUAUCGCCCUGUUUCCAACAUCUCCAGAAGUUCCCUGGGCUUGUCCUAUUUCCCCUCAUCCUCUUCCUCCUCUCUGGUGUCCUCAUCAUCUUCCUCCCCCUUGUGGCUCACCCGCCGUGCCAUCCGUCCGGAAAAGCAGGCCCAUGGGGCUGGCCUGGGCCAGGACCGUCAGGUCCCACUCUGGGGCCUGCUGCUCCUGUUCCUGGUCUUUGCUGCCUUUCUACUCUUCGUGUAUUACUUCAUGCAGGCGGAGGAUGGCAACCCCUUCUGGACCCAGCCCUGAGGGUCUGGAUAGCUUUGGCCAGCCCCUCUCAGAAGUCCUGGUCAACUGCUUUAGGAGGGUUUUCUGGGGGAGGGGGGGUUUUCUGUGUGUCCUAGCUUGGGGGUGCUGGGCCUGGCCUGGGGCAGUGCUUGCUCCCCCUGCCUUGUCCUGCCUUGUCCUGCCUUGUCCUGACAGGAAGGUAAGCCGGCUCAGGUCCUCUGCAGCAUGGUGGGCCUGGGCAGACCUUCCUCAGGAGCCUCCUGGGCCUGCUUGCCUCUGACCCUUAGGACCCAGGAGAGCCAGACCCUGCUCCUGGAGAGAACAUGGUUGUUGUCAUCGCAUGCCUCCUGUUCGUUGUCACCUUGUUGGGAUUAACCAAAGGCCACCCUCACUUUGUUUUCGUGGACACAAUAAAAAG